AAAACUCGGUAAAACUGUCAGCGAUCUAUUAUCCUCUCAGCUGAGCUUAAUCCUCGACCAUUCGACCAAUAAAAGAGACUGAAAGAAAGAAGAAAGAGAGAGAGAGGGAAGACUGGUAGGGAAGAAACAUGAAGGGGCUUGCAACUUCACCACCAUCUCCAUCCCUCUUCUUCUCUCAUCACCCUUUUAACAAUUCAUCUCCCCAAUUCUUACACUUCAAAUCUCCCCAUCAACAGCAGCAGCAGCAGCAAAGACUUGGCCCUUUCAUAACUCUCUCAUCUUCAACUUCCUCUUCAUCAGUUGUUCAAGAACAACAAGAUUCACCUCUUUCUUCUUCCAAUGAUUCUGAUUCUCUUCCUUUAAAUUUCAGUGGUUGUAAAGGUUGUGGUAAAGAGGAAAUAGAAAGUGGCUGCAAUGGCGAGGGUCGGAUUCAAGGUGGAAUUGCUACAAUCCCAGGCUUUGGUUGGUGGCCAAUAAAGGCUUAUAGGCCUUGUCCUGGUUUUCUUGCAUCUGGUGGCAACUACAGGCGACGUGGUCAGAGCAUGGAUGAGGUUGCCUUUGGAGGGGGGAAAAGGCAAGCUUCCAUGGAUGAUUUUGAUGACUCUGAGUCAAAGAAGAAAGGAAAGAAUAGAAAGCAAUUCAAGGGAUAAAAUUUCUUUAUCAAAUCAACCUGUGAUCCAGAGUUGUGCUUGCAAAUGUGAUGCUUUCAAAUAUUCAUCUAUGUAUAUGUCUAGUGGAGACAGCCACUGGUUAAAUUUUGUAAAUUGUCAAUGCAAAUGUAUAGAAUUCUAUAGCUUAACCCUCCCCUUUGGAGAAGACUUGUAAGGUGCCCUAGAUAUGUUCCCUUCAUGAAUAUUAAAGUCCCUAAAAUGCUCUUUUUUACAUUA